AUGAAUGGGGCCCCACCGUAAUGAAAAUAUCUUAUUUUUGUUUUCUUUCAAUACCCGGUACAGUAGGUGGCGGCAAUACACCAAUAGGUGUAGUCUGGCAUAAAAAUUUAAAGAAGAAGAAGAAAAGCGAGCUGAGGCAAGCAAUGGAGUGGUAGAUGAAGUGCUGAAUAUUACAAAAACGACCGCAACACUUCAAUUCUCUGCGCGUGUCAUCCACAGCAACCUCCACUAUGGACAGCGAUGACGAUAUGGAAGAAGUCGUUGAAGGCCCUCUGGAUGAGGAUGACCAGCCUCACGGGUUCUGUACAGUCACCUUCUCCUCCAGCGAUCGCUUUGAAGGACAUUUUACACAUGGAGAAAAGAAUGGGAAGGGCAAGUUCUUCUUUUUCGAUGGCAGCACCUUGGAGGGGUUCUAUGUGGACGAUGCGUUACAGGGUCAGGGGGUGUACUCCUACGAGGAUGGAGGGGUCCUCCAUGGGACCUAUAUGGAUGGGGACCUCAACGGCCCUGCACAGGAGUUUGAUUCUGAGGGCCGGCUGAUGUUUGAAGGCCAGUACAAAGACAACAGCCGCUGUGGGGAGUGUUGGAUCUACUACCCUGACCGAGGCAGUGUAUUUGGGCAGGUGAACGAGGAUGGCGAGAUGACCGGUAAAGCGGUGGCGUAUGUUUACCCAGAUGGCCAAACGGCUCUCUAUGGGAGCUUCGUGGAGGGGGAGCUGAUCGAGGCUCGACUCGCCACCCAGGUUUCCAUGGAGACCACCAGACCACACUUUGACGUUUCACCUGACAGCCCUGUGUACUCCUAUGAUAAAUCCACUUCCACCUGUAUCGCUACCCACACUCUUCUUCCAGACCCCUAUGAAAGCAAAAGGGUAUUUGUGGCAGACUCACUGAUCUCAGGAGCAGGAGAAGGCUUGUUUGCCAAGAUUGAUGUUGAGGCCAAUGUUGUAAUGGCCUUUUACAACGGAGUACGCAUCACACACUCAGAGGUAGACAGCAGGGAUUGGUCCCUGAACGGGAAUACCAUCUCCCUGGAUGAGGACACAGUGAUUGACGUUCCCCAGCCCUUCCACCAGAUGGACAGAUACUGUGCCUCACUGGGACACAAGGCCAACCACUCCUUCACCCCAAACUGCAAAUACGACCCAUUCGUCCACCCUCGUUUUGGGCCCAUCAAGUGCAUCCGCACCCUGCGGGUGGUGCAGAGGGAUGAGGAGCUGACUGUUGCCUAUGGUUACGACCACGAGCCAUCGGGGAAGAGCGGUCCGGAGGCACCAGACUGGUACAAACAGGAACUGCAGGCCUUCCAGCAGAGACGGACUACCAACGGGCAGUAAAAAAACGUACUACUACUCCACUCAAUCUACCCGAACAACUACUACCCGUUGGACCCCCCUUUUCAUAGAACAAGGGCAAUAAAGCAUCUACCACUCUACUGACACAACUGCUACCCACCUCCCUGCCCUUUGCACAGGAGCAAUAACUCCCAAAAGAAAGAAAAUAAAUUCAAAAUAUUGACGCGGUCGGUGUAACAAAGCAUGUUACUUUCCCGACCUGAACUAGUGUUACCCUUACACCCAAACAUCCUCUUCCUUAACAGUGCUCUCAAUGCAGCCCUGCUUCAACCUCCACCUACUCAUUAAUAACUGCCCCCCUCUAGACUGAACCCCUCUACCUGAGCCCCCAGUCUUGCUACGGCUGCUCCUUGAGGACAAAAGGCACAGCAACAUUGAGGGCUCGGAUCAGACUAUUUCCAAACAUCGAAGGAUUGUUUGAGAGCUUGGCAACACAGGUGGAAGGUGUGAUAUGUCGAUUUGUACGGUAUAGGAAUGGAACACCGCUGUACGUGGAUGUGGGUGAGGGUGCUAUGGAGAUCAGCACUAACCCAGCCACACUUGCACUUAAACACAGGAACCUAUGUGUCACGUCAAGAGACCAAUCAGAUGUAAUGUACAAGGUUUACUGCUGUAUUUGCUGCUCUGUGAGUCUCGUUCUCCCCAGCCUGUGUCUUUUAUACAACCUAUGGACAUGAACUCGUGGUAUGUGGAGUGUCCUUGAUAUUAGUUUGGUAAUUGAGAUCAAGUUAGACCCUUAUUCCUUUUACUCCACUGUGACAGUGUGUUAGUGUGUGUACUGGCUGUUUAAACAUUGUCUCUGUGUGAAUCUGAAUAGGUUUGAAGACAUUGGCUUUGCCAAAUCAUUUCCCCAACAUCACCUGAGUAUAGUAUAAAUCAUGAUCUGAAUGUCCUCUUCAGCCACUUACAGUAAAUUGACAUGGUUGGCCUUCUAACCUUUUUUUUGACAUACAUUAAAUACUAACCAAUGAUAUCUAUAGUUCAUUAGUUACAUUUAUUUAUCAACACUUUUCUCACCUUUUGGUUGGUGUUAUUGUCAACUCUGCACAUGAUUCAGACCAACAAGUGAGCUCAACUUUGGAGACUGUUUAAAUACUCUGGGAGAUAAAAAGGUCAACUGUGAUAGCAAUAGCAAUGGUAAACUCGUAAGUAGCCCAGACUAAACACAAAUAAAGACAACAUGAACCAUC